AUGAGAUUGACAGUCAACAGNGAAUUCUCUCAAAUCUACCCUCAGCCUGGGUGGCAUGAACACGACCCUGAGGAGAUUGUCUCCUCUGUACACAACUGCAUUGAGGGUGCUGUUGAGGCCUUCAAGAAAGAUGGAAACUCGGUCGACAGCAUCAAGGCCAUUGGCAUCACGAACCGUGAGGAAUACUUUGCCAUUGAACUGGAAGGGUUCUCACUAACAUUUAUACANGAGCGUGAGACCACCGUUGUUUGGGAUAUCGAGUCAGGAGAGGCACUUUACAAUGCCAUCGUCUGGACAGAUACUCGUUCUCAGGCUAUCGUGAAAGAGUUGAAGUCUCGCAAGGGCGCCGAUGAGUUGACACAAAAGUGCGGUCUGCCGCUCUCCACAUACCCCAGUGUCACCAAGCUUCUAUGGCUGCUCAAGAACGAGCCCAAGGUGAAGGAGGCAUACGAGAAAGGCACUCUUGCAUUCGGAACCAUUGAUGCAUGGCUUGUAUACAAGCUUAACGGACAUGAGAAGAGGGUCUUCGUCUCUGAUCCCACCAAUGCCUCUCGCACGAUGUUCAUGGACAUCCACACACUCAAGUACAACCCUGAGCUGAUUGCCUUCUUCGGCGAUGAGGAGUUUGAUCUCUCCAGAAUUCACAUGCCCGACAUUGUCAGGUCUUCGGACGCAAAGGCAUAUGGCAAGAUUGGUUCGGGAGUUUUGUCCGGCUUUAGCCUCACCGGAUGUUUGGGUGACCAGUCUGCUGCCCUGGUCGGUCAGAAAGGUUUCGAUGCAGGCAGCGCAAAGAACACGUAA